AAAAAAAAGAGGCAUAAAGCCACUGAAGAGCGAAGGGCGACAUUGCGCUCGCAGUCGUUCGCGGUCUGUACGAACGUGAGGACGAUCUCGGAUAACCGUGCAGUGUGUGCGCCUUCUGGGAUUUCUUCUUUUCCCCGAGUUCCAGCGACGGCUCCGCUGACUCCGCUCUUCUGCUCCACCGCAUCACACCGCAGCAUCGUCCUGCCGUGCCAACAGAGGUAAAACAAUCAAAAAGCAGAUAGAAAGCCGGCUGUACAAAAAAGCAGGACCGCGAGUGUGUUUAAACACCACGAACGGUUGACGACGCGAACCUGGAGGCAGAGCCCUGGAUAUUUCUGGAGCCAGGCAGAAUAACGGCGACAUUCGGUGGAACGUGCGGACACUAACGCCUGCGGACGAAGGGCCAAGCCGAUCAUCAACCAAAACAGAGGAUUGGGAUGCAGGCACUCACUAGUCUCUGUGAGCAAAUCAACGUCGCGAACGCAGACCGAGACAUUGCGCAUGACCAUAGACGCCAAGCAAGAGGACGACGGCCAGGCCAGCGCCGAUCGGGGAAAACGCGCCACUGGCAAAGUAGAGGGCCGCCGCUUCGUGGCUUCUGCAGCCGGCAUAAUGGCGGAGCUCUUGUGCCUCGAGAAGGACGUGGAUUUCCAGGAGAAGCCCGAGGGUCAGGGUCCCGUGUGUUCGUACAGGGACCCGGCCAUCUUCGACGACUGCACAGUGCUUGACAACCUGCUCAGGUCCGAGGAGAGGUACCCUAUCAACCCCCGCUACUUCGCCUGUGUCCAAAAGGAGCUCUCCGUCAACAUGAGGCGCAUCGUCGGACGCUGGAUGCUUGAGGUGUGCGAGGUGGAACAGUGUCGCCCCGAGGUUUAUCCUCUGGCCAUGAACUGCCUGGACCGGUUCCUGUCAGUGCGACCAGUGCGCAAGUGUCAGCUGCAACUCACGGGAGCCGUGUGCAUGUUGCUCGCCUCAAAGUUUCGCCAGACGAAGCCCCUGUCUCUGGAGAGGCUUUCCAUGUUCACCGACUACUCGGUCACCAGGGAGGAGCUCAAGGACUGGGAACUGGUGGUUGUCUCGACCCUCAAGUGGGACGUGUGCGGUGUCAUCGCGUGCGACUUCCUCGACCACCUGAUCCACAGGUUGGAGCUGCCCAAGGAGGCAGGGUGCAGCCCAGACCACAUCCGCAGUCAUGCGCAGACCUUCAUCAGCCUCUGCUACACCGAAUUCGAGUUCAUCCUGUCGCCAGCGUCGAUGAUCGCUGCGGCGAGCAUCAGUAUGGCCAUCUGCGGUCUAAUCAAACUCAACUGGACCAAGAGGAAGGACGUGCUGCAGAGGCUUCACGAUAUCACCAGCAUAGAAGUGGACUGUCUACAAGACUGCCAGCAGAGGAUCGAGAAGGCGCUGGUUAGGAACUACCCCGAACUUACGAAGAACCUUGCCGCCACGCUGAACGGGACGACCCCAACGCCAUCGCCAGCAUCGACGCCGUCGGGGGACUACGCAGUUAAAGUGAGCGCCGAGACGGUCACUCUCGAGUCUGAGACCCCCGAGACGCCCACCGACGUCCAGGACGUUCUAUUUUGAGGAGCUACGGCAUCCAUCCUUAGGCACUGCCGGACUACCUUAGGAAAAAAAAAAAGAAAAACAAGAAAACAAACACUGACCAGUGUGCUUCAAUUGCUCGUGGUCCACAAGCCCUGCGAAGUGUGCCUCCCACUUCAAGUUUGCACCCUCCCUACACCCCCCCCCCCUUCCCCAACCCUUCAACAGCUGCAAGAAAAUGCAAUAGAACUCGUGUGAGGAGGGACUCCGGUGUUCACUGAGUACCCAUCCCCUUAGCAAAUGCAAUGGAACAUUUGAACACUCCUGUGCGUAUGUGUGCAUGUGUGCGUGUGCGGCCGCAGUGUUUUUGAGACUUUCGGCGAACUCCAUUUAGUCUUUAUUAUUAUUAUUUUUUUCUUCGUUGCUUCACUGCUGCCACCUGCCUGCCGAGAACGGAAGCAGAAGAAACGCCCCUGCCAACGGGAAGAAAGCCUGUGAAAACUUGUCGACCUGACCUCAGCACCCCUGCUACUCUCCAAAGGCUUUUUUUUUUCUUCUUCUUUUUUGCUUGUGAAAGAUACUGAAAGAACUGAAAGGCUGACGCAAACGCUCGCUGAAAACCGAAGAUGUGAACUGGUGUUCUAUAAACUUUUUUCCCUCGUCUUCUCUUAGCCGUUGAGCGUUGGUCAAAGAUGGUCACUCCGUACUCGUCUACGCCAUUUCUUUUAACUCUUCUGCCGUGACAAUAUGUUUGAAGAAAAGAGAGAGAGAGAAAAAGGUGAUGAUGUGCGACUGCCAAUAGUGUGCCUUAUGCAAAAUGUGCGUCUCGGAAAUAAUGGAACGCAGAGAUGUGAAGACGCCUAGUCAACGAUGGACGUGACUCUUUUUUUUUUUUUUUUUUAAUGUUGUGUUUCAGCUUAGUCUGUUUGGCAUUGUAUUAGUGUGUGUAAGCGAAACGAUGAAGACGACGGCUAGAAAACGAAAGCAUUGGUGCUGCGCAAGACAUGACUCUCUAGUUGGAGUGGUGUGAAAUGAAUUUUGCGAUUGUCUGCUUGUAUGGUGUGUGUUUGGGCGUGACAAGAAAGGAAAGAGAGAGAGAGAAAAAAAAGCAAUAGGUUGAAGUGGCGCAGGAAGCUUUCGUGGGAAGCAGUGAAGAUGUAGUUGAUCAGUUUAAUGUCAUUAUGCAGGAAGGUCAGGAGAGCCACCUAUUGGCAAGCCUUUCUGACAGACUCCCCCCCCCCCCCCCCCCCCCCAGGUUUUUGACCUUGAUCCGAACUUUGGACGAAUAUUUUGAUUGUAGGAAUGGAAAUAGAGACCGCGUAACUUAAUUUUGAGAGCCAGAGUGUUGGAGGAAUUCAGUGGUGAUGUUGCGAAUUGUCCGCGUGCCUGCUACGUGUGUGAGAGUUACCGUGUGGUAAAAAAAAAAAAACUCAGGAAAGGCAGGCAGUAGUUUUCGAGGUUUAAGUGGGUAUUAUUAUAUUAUAGCAAUAAUUAUUUUUAUUGUCUUUUGUUGUUCUAUCAAGUCCUCUAUAACGUUGCACGAAGAGCACCAGGGCAUUUUUUGAGGGUGUGUCACUUGUGUUUUUUGCGCCUACUUUUUUUUUAUGUACAUAUAUAAUAUCUAUCUAUACAAGUGCUCGUUCCUUGACGAGACAGGCUGCAUGGCAUGUGCCGGUCUUUGAGUGUCAUCUUAUUUCUUUUUCUUUUUUGCUUUUCUUUCUUUAUUUUUCUUUUUUUUUAAUUUUGUUUUGCCACCAGCCCCUCUCCGAUCCAUAGUUACUUGGAAACCAGAGGGCAUGGUCAUUGUCACAUGGGGUGACCACUGCGUUAGUGACUUAAUACCUCCAUUAUCAAUGUCAGCUUUAGGCUUCCUCCUCGUGUGACUAGCAAUUGGUAAUCCGGAUUGGCUUCUGGACGUCCGCUUGUCAUCAGACGACACCAAUGAAGCGCUUACGUCACUCAUUUUUCACGUUCAGUUGCUCCGGGAUUCGGGCGUCUUUGAUGGCAAGACACUCAAAAAUUAGAACCGUGUAGUUCGUUGUACAGAGGCUUCGCGGAAAGGAUAUUUCGUGCAAUUGAUGCUAGCGUAAGGCUAUAUCCGCGAUGACGGUGUCCCCAUGAAGCAAACCUAUUUAUUAGUGACGACACAAUUUUGUUUUCCGCUGCUAACGUCGAGAUUACUCCUACGCUACGGCGCACUGGGCCCACAAAACUCGACACGAGUCCUUCGCAGCCGCGACCGAUGUGAGCGUGUGAAAUCUUUUUCGCCGUGUCAAGCCAGAAGCCGAUUUUUAUCGCGACGGCGAUAUGCCAUCUUAGUGCCGACGUUUCGUCGGACCAGACUUUAUAAAAGCAUAAUCGAAGUAUCUCCCCAUUAGAAAGUUGGGCACUUUACUGGCACCGACAAUGCCGUUCGCGAAAGUGCUUUAUAACAACGUUCCUAAAACGCCAUACUAAACGCCCUCAUGUGGAGACAGUGCGCACUAAAGCGAUCCGAGUGCUAAGUGCCAUGUGCUAAGUGCUUCGAGUGCUAAGUGCUAAACAAGUGCCAUUCGAGUUUUCCUUAUUCCCCCGUCGAAACGAAAGAAAAAAAAAAGCUCUUGACUGGAGCAGCUUCUGCGCUAAGCAUGUUGUAGUCAUCCAGCAAUACCUCAGAGCCUUGUAAUUUAUAGCUGUUAACGUGCGUGACCUUUUUUUAGCUGAGAUGCUCCAGUUAACGACUAAAGCUAACAAACAAGCAAAACAGAAAGAUCUCGACGCGACCGUCGCUCCACAACGCCUGACCUAAACCCCAUCCUACAGCUCCUCGUCAAAGAAAUGAUGCCAGUCACACUCCUCAAGCAUGGUGCAGGGAAUGAUAGAAGAAAAAAAAAAGUUUGAAAAUUGAUGUCGCCCUCUCUCGCUUUAUAAUUUUUUUUAUUAUUAUUUCGUACACCGCGUGCGUCGUCUUCCGCCAAAAUAUGCUGGUCAUAUGUUGUACACUUAAACGUUUCUGCCUCGUCGAACAGCCAGUCCUACGUCCUCACCGCUUCGUUUGUUUGUUUGUUCUCGUUUGUUACAUUUGUUCGACACCCGUCCUACGUCCGUCUUUUUUUUUUCUUCCUUGUCACAGCGUUUAGUAAGCGCAUAUAAAUAUUAUAUAUAUUUUAUAUAUACAUAUAAAUAAUAUUAGGUACCACGCCGGCAUUUAAGUACAUUUCGAAAUGCGUUUUUUUUUCCUUGUUUCUUUUUUUUUUCUCUGCAUCCCAGCUAUGUGUUAGCUGACCUGUCUACCGCGACGACCCGUUCUAUUUUUUUUUUAAUUUUCGCUAUGACAGAGUCCAUUGGAAAGUGCAAGGAACCGUCAGCUGCAGAUGAAGAAAAAAUUGUGAUCUUUACAGACCCAAUUUUUUUCGCGAGUACGUAUGUUUUUAUACGAACUGUAGAAAAAAAAACCUAUUUAUUGAAAGCAUGGCCGAGAUCUUCGACCGUGGCCUUGCCCUUACGUUUUGAUAUUCUCAAGCAUUUCUUUGGCCGCUGCACGCAGCACCGCCCUUGUUGGUUUCUUUUCUUAUUUUUUUUUUCAUUUCUCCGCAGACUUUCAGCCUCAGAGAAAUGCCAAGUGAGCCGAUAGGCCCUUCCAAGCUACUGAUACCUCCCGAGAUAUGUACUAGGUUAUUUUCUUCCUUUAGGACAGCUUUUCGGUUGUACAAAUUAAGUAACGCCGCAGCGAAAAAAAAAAACACAAAACGAAACAACGAUCGCCUCAGGUACAACGAUAAAAGAGUAUUUUGACUUCCAAUUUCGUGUUGCCAAGCGCAAACGGAUGCAGCUUAAUGCGUCAUCGUCGUUAUGGAGAUUUGCGGCAAAUUUUGCUUGAAAAAAGGGGCGUGCGAAUAGGGGUGUGCGAAUAGAAUUUUUUUUUUCAAUAAAAGGAGAACCUUUCAGAUUCGGAUAUUCGAAAAAUGUGGGCUGCUAAUAUCGAAUGAAAUAACGAAUAUUUUGUUGCUUGUAAAUGGUGACGAAUAAAAUUGGAAAGUUAAUGUGAUGAUAAAUGAGGCUCUUUUGAUUCAAUGCUCGCAAUGGUUCGCUGAAAGCGCCACCUUGUAAACGAGGAAAAGUGAAAGGUUACAGCACUUUAUGAAUCCUCCGUACGCGCAGGCCCUUUCCUACGGCGUGCCGGCCCAUAUUCGGCCAUAACCGAGUGUUACAAGAAAAUUAAAUCCUGAGUAUUGGAUUCGUGAUUGAAUUUCGAAUAUUUGCACACCCCUAUGCCGUAGAUAUCUAUGUACAUUUUUCGCCCAGCCAGAAAUUUCCGCUCUCGUUUCCUUCUAACCGAGCACGAAUUGCGAACACGGUAUUUAGAACACCACUUUGUACAAUGCAUUUUCUAUACACAAAGAAUCUGAAUAGAGAUUUGCGACGAUACAGAUGUUCAGUAUUUCACACUACACCGGUCUUUUUGUUCACGCUGAAAUCGCGUGAGCAUCCACCUGGAGACAGUUUACGAUGCUGAAUCAUAAUGCUAGUUUGAAUCGCGGCCAUAUUUCUUCCCCAGUGUUUGUCAAUUUGUCAUGGUUGUAAGUGUGCUUGAAUACCCUUCAGUGGGAAAUCCACCACUCCAUUGAUUCCUUUUCUCUAAUUAUCAUAAUGUUGCUUGUGGCCGACUUUCCGCAAAUAUGCAGCUUUUUGAAAGAAGAACGUUAUCGGAAAGGCUGCCGAAUCAGAACAGAUCGGCGAUCACUACGAUACGCAAUGUUCUCUUUGAUUGCCCUCCAUUCGCAAUCAUUGCGAUUAAGAAGGGCUGUAUUCCAGCACACUUUACUCUAUUCCGAAAGUGAAUAGUUAAAUAAAAAAAAUGCUAGGAAAAAAAACUAAAAAAAAAAGAUUUUGUCUGAGUGUGUUUUGUGUAACCAAUCUGGUACAGUGUUCUCUUUGUUUACGAAAAAGUGCCUGGAAUGUGUACGCACUGUUCAUGCUGCGUCACCUGUGGUAUGAAAAAAAAACGAAAAAAAAAAACAAAACAAGAAAGCUAUGCAUGACGACUCGCACGUCUCCAUUUGUAAAUAUGAUUUGAUCGUGAACAGUGAUGUUUUUGUUGUCCCCGCAAUAAAUGAAAAUGACAAAUGUU